GAAUUAAAUAAUUUUGAAAGAUAUAUGAUGAGAUAAAGUUUUCAUUCAGUUUUACUGCUGUCAAGUACGUGGUAAACUGGUAAAUAUCUGAUGAUGUAUAUGAAUUGUCAAUGCACAAAGAAUUGGCAAAAUGCAAGUGACGGUGAUAACUGAAGAUUCAUCCUGAAAUAUUAUACUUAUUUGAAAAAGGACCAAUAUAGAAUACAAUAUGUUUGGUUGUCCUAGAGAGGCUGUACGCGUUAAAGUCAAGAAAUGUGAAACUAGACAUCGACCGGAAUACCGUAAGUUUAGCGUGGAUCCUCAAAUAACAUCAAUAGAAGUAUUGCAAAGUAUUCUCAUAAAGGCUUUUGACAUAAAAGGGGAAUUUACCGUUUUGUAUCGAGCGAUCGAUGACUAUGGGUCAGAGACGUAUCUCUUCCUACUCUCGGACUGGGAUUUGGAUGCCGCGUUUAUCAGCGCAUCGGAGCCAUAUCUCUAUCUGCAGGUGAAUUUGAAACCCUUCGGUGAAACUGGAGACUGCGAGUGCUACUGGGAGCAAAAUGCGCAGGAAGUUUUGACACGUCAGCAGGAGACCGGGUUUCCUUACAGGACACCUAAGUUACCCGGUCUCAUAAUGAAUAAAUUAUCAGGUGUAUCCAAUUUCGCGUUUAAUCUUUCGUCACAGAUGGAAAGGACACUGAAUAUGGUGCAACGGGCAUUGGGCAACUUAGGCGACGAGUCGUCUCAUCAGCAAAAUGUUCAACCUCCAAGACCACCUUUGACGGACGCUGAAUUUCGUCGAUUUCUGGAUCCAAUCGGCCAAGUAGUGCAUUCCAAGGAAUUAAGGGCAGUUAUUUAUUUUGGCGGAAUUGAACCUAGUUUACGCAAGGUAGUCUGGAAACAUAUCUUGAACGUGUACCCAGAGGGGAUGUCAGGUCGCGAACGGAUGGAUUACAUGAAGAAAAAGGCACAGGAAUACCAAAAUCUACGCGAGCGAUGGCGAGUGCUAGUGCAAAAGGGACAGAACGUCGGUGAUCUCGGCUACGUCACUGGUAUGGUAAGGAAGGAUGUCCUCAGAACGGACAGGCAUCACAAGUUUUACGGUGGUUCGGACGACAAUCAGAACACAGCGAGUCUCUUUAACAUUCUGACAACAUAUGCCUUAAAUCACCCGAGUGUAAGUUACUGUCAGGGUAUGAGCGACUUGGCUUCACCUCUUCUCGUUAUAAUGCGGGAUGAGGCGCAAGCUUACAUCUGCCUUUGCGCCCUCAUGAGAAGAUUGAAGGAUAACUUCAUGCUCGAUGGUAUCGCCAUGACUACCAAAUUCGCUCAUCUCGCAGAAGGUCUUCAACAUUAUGAUCCUGAUUUCUAUGCAUAUUUGAAGUCGCAUCAAGCAGACGAUCUACUCUUUUGUUAUCGUUGGCUGUUGUUAGAAAUGAAACGUGAGUUUGCGUUGGACGACGCACUUAGAAUGCUCGAGGUUCUAUGGGCAGCUUUACCAGCGUCACCGCCGACCGGCGAACUGAGUCUUGCCGAGGUGCCUUUUCCGCCAACAUCGCCACCGCCGAGUCCGAAUGUAAAGCAUAUCCGCGAGAACGCGUAUACUAAGGUUUGCGCUAUUAGACGACAAAGUUCCUCAGCCAGUAUUGCCGCUAGCGUGAGGCGAAAGGCCUUCAGUACCGAAGAACCGAGUCUGCAAUCAUCUACUGAGAUUAACGGAGAAACGAAAAGAUCCAAUUCGCCGUAUGAAGUAUUUUCCGAUUCAGAGAAUGAUUUAACCAGCACAAAAAACAGAAGGAAUAAUGAAUCGACAGAAAAGUGCCUAAGUACUGAUUCUCUUCCAGUUAAAUCGAAACGCGCAAAUCUUUUGGAAUUGAAAGAAAGACUGAGUACUCCUAACAAAGAACAGACUAAAAACAAUGAACAGAAUGAUAAUUCUGGUGAAAAGAAAUGUGCGCGAGUGGUAAAGAAUUUAAAUGAGUUCUUAAACUUUACCAGUCUCAAUCGUAGUAAAGUCACGCCCAGCGACGCCGAACCUGAACUCAGACGUGUCUCGAGCGAGAGCGGCGUCAUCAGAGUAUUGAGGGAUGAACCAAGUUCACCAGACGAUCCUACGGAUUUUUUCCCGAUGACCACGUCGAUGACUAGAGAAUUAAGAUUAGAAUUGGAAUCGUUAGAUCGACAAGUGUUUGGGCCUUCGCCGCCUAGUGAGCUACAAUGCGACUGCGUGCUUUCAAAAAGAGAAAGUGAUUUACCGGAGAGCGAGACAGAAACAGAAUUGGCGAGAUGCAGUCCAGCGGCGGAUGUGUUUGUAUGGGAAAAUCCUUUACACACGUUACAACAGAAGCAUCACCCCACGACUCCGGACGAGCAAGCGGAAUUGGAAUACGACGGUGAAAUUUUGGAGGAUCAGAAUGGCGUGAAAUCCGUUACGCCAAUUAGGCUACUCAAACGUACCACUAAAUCUGAGUCGGCGUCAGAUAGCGAAGGAACCGAGAGUUGGCAUCAGAACCCACCUGUACCAGAAAGUCCAACAAAACAACAGCAGCAGCAGCCGCAGCAACAGCAACAAUCACAACAACAACAACAACAACAACAAUCUGUACAAGAGCAAUGCGAAGAAGUAACAGAACUGACUAAUCUUAUACCUGCGGGAACAAGCGAGGACCAACUGGGCGAAAGCUCGUUGCCGCCACCGCACGAAUUCGGUGGCGGCAAUCCCUUUCUAAUGUUCCUGUGCAUCACUCUUCUGCUGCAACAUCGGGAUUUUGUUAUGCGCAAUCAAAUGGAUUAUAACGAGAUGGCGAUGCAUUUCGACAAGAUGGUUCGCCGUCACAAUGUGAUUCGUGUACUUAAUCAGGCGCGGCAACUAUUUGCCGGUUAUCUCAGGAGACAUUCUGUCGCUUCGUCCUCUUCGGCCGGUUCGACUUCCGCCAGCAAGGCAGACUGCGUGAACGUGUAACUCAACUUUAAAAAACGUCAAGUUAUAAUUUCAGAUUUCAGAAUUAUUUCAUUUAAAAUGAACAAGAUUCAAACGGCACAUAUCACGGACAUUAUGUUGUCAAAAAUGUUAAAAUUCAAAAGGCUUAAAAGAACUCAAAGUAAUUCUGUUACGGUGCUCUUCGACUCACAACAUACGUGGAACAUUUAUGAUAUUCGUUAUACAUCAUUCGCAGUUUGUAUCGCAUGAGGAGUGUUUCUGAUUAACCAUUCUUUCCUUCGUAUUUCUUUUUCUUUUGGUAUAUAAUAAAUAGACUUCUUUCAAAUAAUUAAAUAAAGAUUAUCAAUUGUAGACAUUAAAAAUAUCAAAAUCCAAACGCGACAACGAAUAAGUAAUCAAUAAUGCGAAAGCAAUAAAAGCAACGUAUUUACAAUCAUAUACAGAAAUUUUAGAGCUUUUUUCGUAAGAGCAAUUUUUCAAGAUAAAUCGAAUAAAGAAGAAAAGACGAUUGAUCAGAGACAAAACCACUUAGGUCCGUACUUAUUAGCAGUUAAGAUGAAAGGAUUCGUUGGGAGAGCUAGGG